GUUCAAUCAACUGUGCCAAAUUGACGGUCCACGGCGACAAAGACUCCCAGCAAUCAGAAAUGAGUCUGAAGCUAGAAUGAGAAUCACUGUGGAGAUUUAUCAAGACGUUGACCAGUGAUCUUACUCCCGGUUCAUCGCGUUCCUGGCUUCGACACCUCAGUCCACCGUCAACUCCGCAACCACCACCGACGAAUUCACAUGUCCGAUAGAAAAGACACAUCUCGAGAGUCGCCUACCUAUCACAUACCACUGUAUCCUGUUCUAGCCACCCCCAAGACAACAUGUCAGCCCAUUAUUCUACCGAGCCCGCGCCAACCGCCUCCGCCACCUUGAACACUACAUUCGGUCCCCUCCACAUCUCUCUAUUCGCGAAGCAAACACCACUGACAUGCAAGAAUUUCCUCCAGCACUGUUUGGACGGAUACUAUGUUGGCACUAUCUUCCACCGUGUUGUCCCCGACUUCAUCAUCCAGGGCGGCGACCCCACCGGCACAGGGUCCGGCGGAACCUCCAUCUAUGAAUACCCCGAAUUCGAAUACGACCCAGAGAGCCGAGAACCAGACGAGAAGGUUAUACUGAAAGAUGAACUGCACAGUAGGCUGCGUUUCAACCGGCGGGGACUGGUGGGUAUGGCAAAAAGCGAGGACGGGAGCUACGGUAGCCAGUUCUUCAUCACCCUCGCGAAUACAGAGCGGGAGCUCAAUGGGAAGUGUACGCUUUUCGGACGGAUUGAAGGGGAUAGCAUUUACAAUGUGCUGAAGAUUGCAGAUGCGGAGCGUGUCGAGGGGAGUGAGCGGCCCGUCUACCCGGUUAAAAUCACUUCCUGUGAAAUUGGAGAGCAGGGACCGCUUGCAGGGAAAUUGUUGAAGAGACAGCUUACGGCUCCCCGGGUGCCUACAACGAAAGAGGAAGAGAAACCAGCCCCGAAGAAGAAGAAGAAAACCAAAGCAGGCAAGGCGCUAUUAAGUUUUGGGGCUGAAGAGGGCGAUGAGGAUGUGCCUAUUCUCCCCGCCAAGCCGAAAUUUAACGUCCAGCACCUAGCAGAGGCGGAAGAACCGAGUGGUGAUAAAAAGCAGAAGAAAAAAGAAGAGACAAUGCCGCCGCCGACAGAGGCUACGAAGACCAAGGAACCAGAAUCUCGAAAACGACCCCGUUCUCCGUCCCCGCCCAUGUCUCGAGAUCCCCACAAGGAAACAAGACAUCGACCUAGAUCUCCAAACCCCUUGGAACAACUCCCAUUAGUUGACCCAGAGGUUCCUUCGCGGUCCCCCCCUGGCUCCCCACCGGCAAGGCAGUCCAUCCUCUCCCGAACGAACGCUCAGAUCGACGCCCUGAAGAACUCAAUGCGUCGCAACACCGCCGCCCCAGCAAGUGACAUAGGCCACAAGAAAUCCGCCCUGGAAGCCCUGAUUCCCGAAACCGCCAUCCGGGGCCGCAAGCGCCCGACCGCAAACGGUGGACCCCGAGGCAGCAACACGAAUGGGACUACAGGGUUCAGCAGCGCGAGUGAAAGCGAAUCAUUGCGUCUCUUUAAUGCCUUCAAAGCUAAACUCGAAAGUGCCGACUCCCAUGUAAAGACGAACCACACAUCCAGCAGAGAAGGAGGAGCAGAUCGAGAAGAAAAGAAGGAGAAGAAGAAACAACUUAGCCCUCAAGCCGAGAAAUCCCCCCACAGGCUGCGGGACGUGGAGGAAGAAGCAGAGGAUGAAGAAGCACAGAUCUGUGACCUACAUUUCAUCGCGAACUGCCAAUCCUGCAAAUCAUGGGAUGCCCACAAACCCGACGCAGAGGCGGGCGGUGCGCUGGACGAUGAACAUGGCGAUGACGAUCAAGGUUGGCUUACGCACCAGCUCCGUUUUGGGAAGGAUACUCUAGGCAAAGAUCUGAAGUGGAAACACGAGCAUCCGGAUGAUCUAGACUCGUUGGUCGUGAUUGAUCCCAGGGAGAGGGAGAAGGAGCUUCUCUCCAGGUCUGGACGGGGGAAAGGGAAGGGAAGGGGACUCGAGAGGGAUCGGGAACGGGAGAGGAAGAGCCAGAAGGUCGGGGAGACGGAGUGGGAUCGAAGAAGGAGGUAAUCGGAGGAUGCUGUACAGCGUAAUGAUGCAUUUUCUCAUGCGGACAUCUGGCACUGCUACGGCCUGGCUUGGGAACAGGCUGCUGGUAAGCUUUGCGCAAGGGUAAUUAAUAUAAGAAAUAAAUGCCUCAUACUCUUUUUUUAUUUUUUAUUUUUUUGCGUCUGACAUAAUUCCAUGUUCUUUACAGAAUGAGGAAUCAAUCCAUUGAAUAUCAAGAAUACAACAUGCUCUGCG